ACAAGAUUGUAAGAAUGGCUCAAGACCUAGGCAUGACUAAGAGUAUGAAAUUUUUUACUGAGUUGGAUGCUAUUCUGGGACACAGUAAAACAGAAAACUCACAAGAACAGGAAUCCCACGAUGGAAAGCAAGCCACAGGAUGUGCCAAUGUAAAAAUGGAAGAGGAUCAGACAGUCAUUGCUGGAGAUGCAGCUGAAGACGACUUGGUCAGUAAUAUGUCAGAAGACCUAAGAGAGACAGAUAUGAGACAAAGCCCUGGCACAGAGGAAGACACUGUAAGUACUGCCUCAGAAGAGGUGGGCGGCCCUACAGCACUGCACAGUAUCACUGGGUCAGGUAAUCAUAUUCCUUUAGAAGAUGCUAAAAGUCACUUACAGAUUAUAACAGUGAGCGACACAGAGGCUGGAAAACACUGGUGUGACAAUGAGGUCAGAGCACUUAUAAACAUAUGGUCUGACGAAAAAAUUAAGCAAAUGCUUGAAGGGGCCACAAGAAACAAAGAAAUAUUUGAGGAAAUCGCCAGAAGACUAAUGCAGUUUGGAAUAGACAGAGACUGGAAACAAUGUCGUACCAAAUACAAAAAUUUAAAAUAUGAAUACAGAGUUUUACAAAAGAAAAAUGGCAACCCUCAAGGAAAAAUGAGAUUUUAUGAAGAAGUUGAUGGCCUCCUAGGACAACCAUCUCUCAGAACUGCCAAAUGGAAACAUGGUAACCUUGGAAUUGACCCUUUCAAAAUGAAAAUACUAUAAACUUUCCCCUUUGCAUUUAACUUAGCAAGAAAUUCUUCAAUAAUAAAUUCCUAACAUUAUUUUAUGUUCAAAUGACCCCCUAAAUUAUUAUAAAUCACAUACCUAAUAUAAGUCAAGAAUUUCAAUGUCUUUUCAAAUCUUGUACCAAAAUAUUCCUAAUUCUUAAACUCA